AUGUCUCGCUUCGUGUUGGACUCCAACAAUCUAUGGCUGCUUGCCCUAAGCGACCGCACGAUGAGGGUGAACAACGGGCCGUACUCCCCGGACCUCAACACUCAGGACCUGUCCGGCUACGUGGGCGACUGGAAGCAAGUGGCUCGGAUCGGCAGCAACCAGCACUGCACCCACCGCGAGCUGGAAGUGUUCGGCGUGGCACUCAGCGGUCAGAAGCUGGUGGAGCUAUGCCUCAACACUUUCAACCACCAGAUCACCAUCAACAGGGAAGGAUUCAUGGUGCGGUGGCUCAACCCUGGCGGGGGCAGGAGGGUCCCCAACGCCGUCAGCCUCUACCGCCGCCUCAACGACAUCUUCGACUGGUCCAGGUACGGCGUCCAGGUCCCCAUCCCGGUGGAAACUGAGUGGGACCAGUUCGAGCUCGCCACCGGGAAGCUGAUCACCGCGGGUGGAGGCGCGCUGAUGAACAAGGAGCUGGAGGAGAAGGAGAAGGUGUUGGAAAUGUGUAUGAAUAGCUUUGAAAGCUAUAGAGUCUCAAGUGGAAAAACUACCACAUUGGUAGUUUCACUUGGUGACUAUAUACAUAUUUUUUGGAGAAAUUCCGAACGAAAUUAA